AUGGAGCUCCGCCUCGCCUACCGCGGCGCCCGUUCGGCCGCUCCGCCGCUUUCCGGCUGCUUGUCGCGGCACUCGCUCUCGCCGUGGCUCAAGAUCCAGAACCACAUUUAUUCGAUGCCAAGUCGCUGUUACAAGGUUCCUAGCACGGCAAAAUGCCAUGCUUCUGUGGCAACAAGUUACAUGGAAACAUCAGAGGUCACUGGUUUGGACUGGGAUAACCUUGGCUUUGGCCUCAUCGAGACUGACUUUAUGUAUGUUGCGAAAUGUGGACCUGAUGGAAUCUUUUCCAAAGGUGAAGUCCUACCUUUUGGUCCUAUAGCACUGAGUCCUUCUGCUGGAGUCUUAAACUAUGGACAGGGAUUGUUUGAAGGCCUAAAAGCAUAUAGGAAAACUGAUGGGUCCAUCCUUCUAUUUCGUCCAGAGGAGAAUGCUAUAAGGAUGAUAAGUGGUGCAGAGAGGAUGUGUAUGCCUGCUCCAACUGUUGAGCAAUUCGUUGAUGCUGUUAAACAAACUGUUUUGGCAAAUAAAAGAUGGGUGCCUCCUACUGGUAAAGGUUCCCUGUAUAUCAGGCCACUCCUAAUAGGAAGCGGGGCUGUUCUUGGUCUUGCACCUGCUCCUGAGUAUAGCUUUAUCAUUUUUGUAUCCCCUGUUGGGAAUUAUUUCAAGGAAGGUUUAUCUCCUAUUAAUUUGAUCGUUGAGGAGAAAUUUCACCGUGCCAGCCCUGGUGGAACUGGAGGCGUGAAAACCAUUGGAAACUAUGCCUCGGUACUGAAAGCACAAAAGGUUGCAAAGGGGAAAGGAUAUUCUGAUGUCCUUUACUUGGAUGCUGUUCAUGACAAAUAUCUUGAAGAAGUCUCUUCCUGCAAUAUUUUUGUUGUGAAAGACAAUGUUAUUUCUACUCCUGCCAUUAAAGGAACAAUACUGCCUGGUAUAACAAGGAAAAGUAUCAUUGAAGUUGCUCAGAGCAAAGGCUUCAAGGUUGAGGAGCGCCUGGUGUCAGUAGAUGAGUUGCUUAACGCUGAUGAAGUUUUCUGCACGGGGACUGCUGUUGUGGUGUCACCUGUGGGGAGCGUUACAUAUAUGGGGAAAAGGGUGGAAUAUGGCAACCAAGGAGUCGGUGUCGUGUCUCAGCAACUAUACAAGUCACUUACAAGCCUCCAGAUGGGCAAUGUGGAGGACUGGAUGGGUUGGACCGUGCAACUUAAUCAGUAG